ACAUCCGCACCUGCGUCACGCUCCCGGCGGUUGGGCCAAACGAAACUAAGCCCGGAGUUUUUCGGCCCGAGGCACUGGCCCCUGCCUGGAAGCGCCGAUCCUUCAAAGGUUCUUGAAAGUGACAUGAGUUGGGGGGGCGUGAGGUCAAGCUGUCUAGGAACAGGUGUGAUCGGCAUUGGAAAAGAUGCCAGGCCCAGCCACCACAUAUGAAAGAAUAGUUUACAGAAAUCCCUCUGAGCACCACUACAUGAAAGUUUGCCUAGAAUUUCAAGACCGUGGUGUUGGACUGAACGCUGCACAGUUCAAACAGCUGCUUAUUUCAGCCCUGAAGGACCUGUUUGGAGAGGUGGGUGCUGCCUUACCUUUGGAUGUCUUAACCUAUGAGGAGAAGACCUUAUCAGCCAUAUUGAGAGUAUGUAGCAGUGGCCUCGUCAAACUCUGGAGCUCUUUGACCUUGUUAGGAUCUUACAAAGGCAAGAAAUGUGCUUUCAGAGUCAUUCAGGUUUCUCCAUUUCUUCUUGCAUUGACUGGUAAUAGUAGGGAACUGGUACUGGAUUGAAUAGUCUUCAGUUUCAGAAGCAUUCCUCUGCUUUUUGGUGCCAGUAUAAUGUCCAAAGACUGAAGUUGGCUAAGCUCCUG